ACAAAAAAACAACAAAAAAUGGUAAAAAGAAAAAGCAAGGCCCUGGAAGCAAGCAAAUCCACCGUGGAACUCCUUUCCGAGGACGAGUGGAUGGCCCGCAGAAAUACAUAUAUGCAGCGUUUGGCGGACCUUCGGAUAAGCAUAGGUUUUAUUGAUGAUGCUAUCGAUGAGUACAAGGAGCGGCAGAAAAAACAAUUGCACGACGAGAAAUGGAAAAAUUACUUGGCCUGCGACGGUCAGCCAAAUCCUAGUCGUCCUGCUGAAAUCCGGCAAUUUGUCUACCAACUGAACUUCCUGGAGGAGGAGUCCUACAAAAAUGACAUCAAUUGGGUUCUACCGGUCGAUGAACGCAGUAUACUCUCGCAUGCUCCUGACCGCAAGGACAUGUCUCGGAAACUUGAAAAAGAACGACCAAACAUCGGUCAGCUGUACGAUGAUACGGUGCAGCGAAUUCUAGAAACCAUUAGACGUGUGGAUAGAGUGCUCAGAAGCGAUGACGAGCUUCUUCGCAUGCCGCCCUUUCAAGUUCUUGAACUAGCUAAGAUGCCAUCGGAACUCAACGGUGAUAUCGAGCAUUUAUUUGACAAGCUCACUUAUCGCGUAAUCUGUGCCCCCGAAGCCUAUAUGACAACUAAGGGCAGUAUCUUGUCAAACUACUGCUACAACUGCAGCAAAUUUAACUUCCAGAUUUGGGGGUUGCAGGAUGUUCCCAUUCGUUUCAACUAUAUGAAGCUACCAAUAAUGUUCUCCGACCUGAACUGCGUUGGGGUCACCAUUCAACUGCCACUCAGCGUGCUCUGCGAUAAUUUGACCCUGCGGUGUGUGCACACCUUCUUUGACCCGCUCUCCCAACUGUCCAAAAGCUACGAGCUGGAUAUGGAUGGUUCUAUUGUUAGCCCCAAUUGUGGUCUAGUGAACAUUGCGGAUAGUGUUAUGACUGAAUGGAUGACCCAGAUGGAUAUACAGGAAGAAAUCCUAACGAAAAUAAACACGCAGAUGGAGAUCUACAAUGAGGCCAUGGCCGUUUUUGAGAAAGCAGUAGCGCAAAGGAAAAACGACAUGGAAACGAGAGCCGCAGGAAGAAAACCCAUUCCAACGCCCCCACAAAAGCCGCAGGAACUACAAGCCGGCAUGUUUCCCGAUCCUUAUAAGUUAUUCCUCGAACAAGAUAAGCAAGAUUGCUUGAACUUUUUUAAUGAGAACUUCCAUCCAGACCACUUAAACUUAUCGCCGUUUGAGGUAAACCUGCGCCGCUUUAUAAUCAUGGGUGGUGUUAUAUCGUUGGUCUUUGUGCGUGGAGCUAAGCACUCGGCAUUCGACAAGUUUAAUAUAACGCUUCACGAAGACGGGCGCGUUUUACGCAAGAAACUAGAUGUUUUGGAUGAGUCGACGGAGUCAACAAGUAGGUCAACUAAUCUUAACAUCUUGCAACGACCAAAUCGUACGGAUGUGAAAAGUGAUCUCGACAUGGAGGUCGCUCCAGAGUUCCAGCUGCAUUUGGAACCGGAUGAGCUGCCGUUUUACUUCAUCACCUUUCAGGUGCCAAACCAUUUGUGCCAGUGGGGUGAGCCCAUUGUGUGUCAAUUUGUUGAGGACGAGAACCAAAAACAGGAGGUGGUAGAUGAACUAGUGAUGGAGAAGCUGGAUAAAAAACAAAGCAAGAUGCGCAAAACUUCUCGAAAGAAAAUCGAUUCGUUGCAUAACAAAUCUUCUGGCGGAAAGAAUAUAAUUUUGAUAGAAGAAAUACCCGGGGAAAACACCAAGCCAAAAUACCAUCAUUCCGCAAUAGAAAAUUCAGUCAACAUCUAUCGGCCGUCAGCGUUGGCAGUUGUGCGCCAAAGCCUUGUAGAACCGGAGCUAGUUCAUCACGAUGUGGGCGAAAACUUUGAGCUGCAGUCGGAACCACUGUCCAGGAGAAGGCUUCACCUUCUUCAGCAGCACUGCUUACCCCGCAUAAUAUCCUCGUUCAAAUUCCCGCGCGAUUUCAAAGAUGACGAGAUGGCAGAACAGUCCACCAAAAAGGAACCGACCACGCAGCUUAUUAGAAGACGACUGACCGAACCUGUUGUUUCCAAAGCGACUGGGGACUUCAGCUUUAACUACGACGAUCAGACUUAUCCCGAACGAAUAUACCCAAAGUUCCCACCAAUGAACUCCCUAAAACUGCAUAAGGAUGUAAUCACAGUAGAGGAUACCACGAUGUACGGUCUUAUACAGAAAUUGGACGACAUUAAGGACAAAUACUUGGAGGCUCCAAAGAAGGUAGCAGAACAAGCCGAACCCACCGUCAGGAUGAGCAAACGCAUCUAUCACGAGUUGCCUACUUCCAGUCGAUCGGGUCGACAAAGUUACAUCAGAAGGUCUAUCAGACAGCUAGAUUUGGAUGAAAACACCUUGGAAAAGGAGCUAGAAGCGUCGGAUCCCAUCGAAGUUUUGCGAAAAGUCAAUAAAGACAGACCUGUUCGGAGCUCUGAGCCUAUAAAGCUCUUCCAUUGGACCACCAAGUUCAUUCUGGAGUCGCAGUUCGACAGGGAGAGCAAAGUCCUCACGGUCAAAACAGAUCGCUUGGGAAGCUUUGGAUUCGCAUACCCCCGCUACACCCAUUUCCCUUUUCGCCACUGGGAAUUGGAUAGAAAUGAGGAGAACCAGGACGAAGUCAUCUUCACCCUGGACACAUACCACGUACGGGUUGUCUUCUUCAUCAGCAAUGACGGUAUACGUUGCCAUGCAAUCGAUCUACCCAAGGAGUACAUCGCCCGGCCCUACAAGUAUAUAGAUAUAAAGGAACCCCUCUCAGACUUCGUCGAGCUGCGCAAACGCCUCCAGGACAAGAACCUGAAUGUGUUUGCGGAGCUAGACGCUGCUUUCUACAUAGAUCAGGGUUACUUUUCGCAAAAGCACUUGGCGGCUGAGUUGCAUAUCUAUGAUGCCAUCGCCGUGCACAUCAAGCUGUUGAAGUUCAGCCGCAGCCAGUGGAAUCGCCUGGCCACGAAUCGGGAUCUGGUGCUAUGUCUACGGAACACUAAGGAUGUGCACGAUGUGGCUGAGGUCACGGUUCGCAUAACGCCCGAGACUUCGACCUUCGUGGAGGUCUCUGAACUCUGCACAGAGGAUCUCAAUGCGGUUAGGCUGAACUAUAGAAACACCUGGCGUAACAUUGGGACCUAUUCGGAUCUGCAUCAACUGAUCAACUCCAUGUAUCCGCAUGCCACAGAUGUGCGUAACCGGGACUCCAACCAGAUGUACUAUCUCCGCCAGCUCCUGCAGGAGAUUCGACCCCUGAGCUUCUCGUAGUACCGCAAACGCUGCUCAAUUAACAACUGCCAAACAAAAACAGACCACAGCGUACACUUUCAAAUUAACAGCAAUUAAACUCAAUUGCCAUUUAACAAAGUCAUCAAGA